UGUCUCUUUAUAGGAAUACCACUUGAUCGUGGACGCACGUGAGUGUGCACAUGCCUAGCUCGGACUAUACUCCAUGGUUCUGACACAAGUGCGGCUAUCUUUGCCUCUGCUCCCCUGACCACAGAGAAAGUCUUCAGAUCUCCUCCAGACGGCUGUUACUUCUUGUUUUUUCAUUGACUAUCAGCGAAAUAUUGCUGGAAAUAUUCUCUGGAUGGUGACCACGGACUGGACUACCUGUUUACAGCUGAGACACUCGAUGCGAGGGGAGCGGACUGGAAGACUUGCGCCCGGUGCCUUUUCUCUGGUUUAAAAAGGCACGUUGGAGAUUGCUGAAAAGGGAGAAGGGCUGCUAUAUUCACACAUUGUACUCCAAGUGUGUUAUUUCAUCCGAACACUCACCUUUACGUGUUUUGGUGAAUGGGGGUAACUCUGGUCCUGGAGGCUUGACACAGCUGGGACUAGGACGGGACUGGGUGCGUGGAGCGUCGGAUCACCCAGGAUUGUAUUCCCUCUUCUCUCUCUCUCUCUCUCUCUCUCUCUCGUGGGUCUAUUUACAUGUCCGACCUGACCGCUUUAUGACAAUGGAUUACUUUCUGCUUUUAUGCAGCCUCUUGCUGCCCGUGGUGUCCGCCGUUGAAGAGACGCUGAUGGACACGAAGUGGGCCACGACAGAAUUAGCCUGGACUGCACACCCUGAAACCGGGUGGGAAGAGGUGAGUGGAUACGAUGAUGCCAUGAACCCUAUCCGGACAUACCAAGUCUGCAAUGUUCGUGAGCUCAACCAGAAUAACUGGCUACGCAGUGACUUCAUCCCACGGAAGGAUGUGCUGCGUGUAUAUGUGGAGAUGAAAUUCACAGUGCGCGAUUGCAACAGCAUUCCUAACAUCCCAGGUUCCUGCAAAGAGACCUUCAAUCUCUUCUACUAUGAGUCUGACUCAGACUCAGCCACAGCCACCAGCCCUUUCUGGAUGGAAAACCCUUAUGUGAAGGUGGACACUAUUGCCCCAGAUGAGAGCUUUUCCAUGCUCGAGUCUGGACGUGUAAACACAAAAGUACGAAGUUUCGGGCCACUGUCCAAAGCUGGGUUCUACUUGGCCUUCCAGGACCUUGGUGCUUGCAUGUCACUCAUCUCAGUGCGAGUCUUUUACAAGAAGUGCUCCACCACCAUUGCCAACUUUGCUGUUUUCCCAGAGACAGCAACUGGGGCUGAGGCAACAUCCCUGGUCAUUGCGCCGGGAACUUGUGUCCCAAACGCCCUGGAGGUGUCCGUGCCGCUGAAGCUUUAUUGUAACGGAGAUGGCGAGUGGAUGGUUCCUGUAGGAGCCUGCACCUGCUCAGCUGGUUUUGAACCCGCCAUGAAGGAUACCCAAUGUCAAGCUUGCAGCCCUGGCACCUUCAAGUCCAAACAGGGAGACAGCUUCUGCUUGCCCUGUCCAGCCAACAGCCGCGCCAGCUCAGGAGCAUCCAGCGUUUGCUCCUGUCGAAACGGUUACUACCGCUCAGACACUGAUUCUCCCGACUCCCCUUGCACCACUGUUCCUUCGGCACCACGCAGUGUCAUCUCCAGUGUGAACGAAACCUCGCUUGUGCUGGAAUGGAGUGACCCGCGUGACUUGGGUGGCCGGGAUGACAUCUUCUACAACGUCAUCUGUAAGAAGUGUCUGCCUGAACGGGGAAUGUGCUCUCGGUGUGACGACAACGUUGACAUCUCGCCACGCCACCUGGGCCUAACCCAGCGUCGCGUGGCUGUUCGUAACCUACAAGCACACACACAGUACAGCUUCGAGAUCCAGGCAGUCAAUGGGGUUUCCAACAAGAGCCCCUAUACACCUCAGUUCUCUACAGUCAACAUCACCACAAAUCAGGCCGCUCCGUCUGCAGUGCCCACAGUUCACCUGAUGGCGGCCACAGCAAGCACCAUGAGCCUGUCCUGGCUGCCUCCUGAGAAACCCAACGGAAUCAUUCUGGAUUAUGAGAUUAAGUACCAUGAGAAGGUAAGCAGCAAUGAUCAGGGUGAGGCCAUUGCCCAUACUAUGACCGCGCAACGGAGCAACGCCCGCAUUGAAGGUCUCAAGCCUGGUACACCUUAUGUGGUUCAGGUCCGUGCCAGAACAGUGGCCGGUUACGGCCGUUACAGCAGCCCAGCCGACUUCAGCACCAACCUGCAAAAUGACCCUCCAAAGUCCUGGCAGGAGCAGCUGCCACUCAUUGUGGGAUCAGCCACUGCCACCUUGGUCUUCAUCAUUGCAGUUGUGGUCAUCGCUAUCGUCUGCCUCAGAAAGCAGAGAAAUGGCUCAGAGUCGGAGUACACAGAGAAACUGCAGCAGUACAAAUCCCCUAUAGUAACGCCGGGAAUGAAGGUCUACAUUGACCCCUUCACAUAUGAGGACCCCAACGAGGCGGUGCGCGAGUUUGCCAAGGAGAUUGACGUCUCCUGCGUGAAGAUCGAGGAGGUCAUUGGCGCAGGUAACCCACCAAAGCUCCUGAGCUACAGGGGGAAGACUGCUAGUCACCUCCAGGCCAUACCGUUAGAGGACUUCACACCAAGCGGAGAGUUUGGGGAGGUGUGCCGCGGUCGCCUUAAGCUGCCUGGGCGCCGGGAGAUCAUCGUAGCCAUCAAGACUCUCAAGGUGGGGUACACUGACCGCCAGAGACGAGACUUCCUGUCUGAGGCUUCCAUCAUGGGCCAGUUCGACCACCCCAACAUCAUCCGUCUGGAGGGCGUAGUCACCAAAAGUCGACCAGUGAUGAUUGUGACAGAGUUCAUGGAGAAUGGAGCACUGGACUCUUUCCUAAGGCUCAAUGACGGGCAGUUCACAGUAAUCCAGCUGGUUGGCAUGCUGCGCGGUAUCGCAGCAGGCAUGAAGUACCUGUCAGACAUGAACUACGUCCACAGAGACUUGGCUGCCCGUAACAUCUUGGUCAACAGUAAUCUGGUGUGUAAAGUGUCUGACUUUGGCCUAUCCCGUUUCCUCGAGGAUGAUGCUACAGACCCCACGUACACCAGCUCCCUGGGAGGGAAAAUCCCCAUUCGCUGGACGGCUCCCGAGGCAAUUGCCUACAGGAAGUUCACCUCGGCCAGUGACGUAUGGAGCUACGGGAUUGUCAUGUGGGAAGUGAUGUCAUAUGGCGAGCGGCCAUACUGGGACAUGAGCAAUCAAGAUGUAAUAAAUGCCGUGGAACAGGACUACCGACUGCCCCCUCCCAUGGACUGCCCCACAGCACUGCACCAGCUCAUGUUGGACUGCUGGGUGAAAGAGAGGAACCUGCGACCCAAAUUCGCUCAGAUUGUGGCCACACUGGAUAAGCUUAUCCGCAAUGCUGCCAGUCUCAAGGUGGUCACUAACAGCACACAGUCCACUGGGGUAUCCCAGCCCUUGCUUGACCGCUGUGUGCCAGACUAUACCACUUUCACCACUGUGGGGGACUGGCUGGACGCCAUCAAGAUGAGCCGCUACCGUGACAACUUCGUCAACGCCGGAUUUGCUUCCUUUGACCUGGUGGCCCAGAUGACAGCAGAGGACUUGCUGCGGAUAGGGGUAACGUUGGCUGGCCAUCAGAAGAAGAUUCUUGGUAGCAUUCAGGACAUGAGACUACAGAUGAACCAAACACUUCCUGUCCAGGUGUGAGCGACAGGACACAGACCGAUGCAGUCGAAGGACAGCCAGAUAGGAAAAGGUGGGGAGGAACUGUGCCAGAGAGAGCCAUUGGAAAACCCUAGCUGCCUGACCCAUCUCUGCCAAUUAGACGCUAUGAAACUGGCUUGCAGUGCCUCUGACUAUUUUGUUCUUUAUUUCACUACCACUUUCAUUUCCUGUUCCUGCUUUUUUGUUAUUCGUCAUUAUUUCUUUUUCCAUCCAAUCAGAAUUAGUGUGUUUUUGAAAGAGGAAGAAGAGUUAACCCCCUUAUAUCCCAUGCAUUUCUCACCAGCUCUGGUGUGGAUUGACGUUUGCAUGCAUGUGUAUUUUAGUGAGGUUGGCCAUAACGCCCCAUAACUGAAAUGUCACACUCUGAUCCUCAAGCAAGACCCCCUUCCCUUGACCUCUCAACCCAGCUUUGAUGGACGCAAUGCUUUGCAAAGAAUGAACACCCGGGUGUAAAAAACAAACAAACAAAUGUUCACACACAUAAAAAAACAAAACUAAAAAACAGAGGUGUUUUGGACCCACAGGAGACUGAGGACAAUUCUUUCCCUGAUAGAAGUUGUUUUAUUGUGCAUGUGUGUGUUGUUCUCCAUCUUCAUAUUGAAGGUGUGUUAUCUAAAUGGGCACUUGCCGGAGACGGGUGAGUUCAAAGGUCAAGAGGAUGACAGAGGUCAAAAAGGUCAAAGGACAGCAGCCACAUUUUUGGACACUUUGUUUUGGCUGUUGAAUCCUCAAUAGGUCACCAGAUGAUCUCUUCACCCUGACCUGAAGUGACUCAGGAUUGUUCCACAGCUUGGGAUCACCUCCUCAUCACCUGCAUUUUUACACAUAAAAAUGUUUUACUUUUGUUUGUCCACACACCUUUUUUUCCUCUUCUUUUUUUUUUUGCUUUUCUUAUGCAUUUUUGGGAGAUUUGUGGUUUCAAAAUGGCCGGUCAAACCUAAGUAGCCCCACUGGACGCUUUAUGUGAUUAAAGGGGAAACAAGGACUGUGGCAACACUAUAGAAAGACCACUUGGCCUUUUGUGUGCGUUUUUGUAUGUGUGUGUGCGCAUGUGUGCGUGUAUGUGUGAUUAAGUGUGCUUGGAUCUGCGGGUGUGUCAAGUUGCACACAAGUAUACUGUACAAUACAGCUUCCGCUAUUUGCCACCGUGGAGAAUUAACGCAUGAACUGAACCGUGACAAGGAGCAAAUAUAUCUGAAACAAUUACGCUAUAUUCUGUGGACAACUGUUAAACAUUCUUUUUUAUUGAAUCCAAAAAAAUGAACGGACAUACAUAUAUAUAUAUAUAUAAAAUUAUAUAUAUAUAUGCAUCAUGCAGAAACUGAGAGAAACCAUGACGGACACCUUACUUUCUACUUACUAUUAUCUGGAUUUAGAAAUAAUCAAAAUUAUUGUUUUAAUUUCUUGACAUCCUGCCCUAUGUAUUUAUUUGUACCUCGCCCGCCAACCCCCAACCCCCACCAACACCCACAUGGACUGUAUGCCAUUUGGGACAGUGGACUUGGAACAAUCAGAAGGAAGAUAAACUCCAAAAGGAUUCACCUAACAAAUUGAUGACAAAAGAAAUUGCAUAUAAAUUGGAUAUUGUAUUUUUGUUGUUGUUCUAAACAGCCUGUACAUGUUUUGUAACAAAAAUAUGAUAAAUAUCAAAAGAAAAAUGGUGUUUUGACAAAAA